CUUCUCCGCUCCGCCUUCAGUGAUCUUACAUUUUCAGCACCGCCUCUUCCUUCGCCGUGCCGGAACGGAACAGCCAUCGACCAUUUCUAUCUUUUCCGUUCGAUUCGCCGUUUUCUAUGGGCUUACUCGACCAUCUCUGGGACGAUACCGUCGCCGGACCGAGGCCGGAAAGUGGCCUCGGCAAACUUCGCAAACACUCCACGUUUCCCGGUCGAUCUAGCUCCGGCAAGGAACUGGAUGGCGGGAACGCGAGAUCGUACGGCGACGAAUCUUCAGAGUCGCCGAUGAGGAUCACGCGGAGUAUUAUGAUCGUAAAACCUCCAGGUUACCAGUUCAGUUCGCCUCCCAUUUCACCGGCCGGAUCCAAUUCUCCGGCGUCUCCCUUUUCUGGUAGAGAAUCCUUCCGGUUUCGAAGAAGGUCGACAUCAGAUGGUUACGAGAAGGCAACCGAAGGUGGACCCGGGAGCUCUUCUUCUCCUCACAACAUGUGAGAUCUAAGCCGCCCUUCAAGAAAUGCUUCUCAAACCUUCAUAGAUUAUGUAAACUUUUUUGUUGUUGUGUAUUGUGUAAUGCAGCUAUAUGCUUGUGAAUUUCUGUAUGAAGGUGUUAGAAAAUUAAAGUCUUGUAGGAAGGAAGUUAUCUAUAAGUAUAAUAUAUCUAUAGGAGGAUAUCUAAAAGCGAGGGAGCUUAUGGUAAUUUUGAUGUGUGUAGAUGAGGGGGUAUUAUAUGUAAAUAUAGAUAGAAGAAGGCAUCUUUCAGUUUCAUGUAGUAGUUGUGUCAACCUCUUUUGCUGGUUUUGUUAGUGGAAUCAAAAGGCAAGUUCUUUUCA